AUGUAUCAAGUGGAGAGCCCUCACUCUAAGCCCUGUCCACCUCUCUUCGUGGCACACACAAACGCACAGAAGCACAGAAAUGGAGUCCUCCCAAUCGUCGUCGUUCGAUCCAUUCAUAUCAAGAAGACACUCCGUUCAAGCUCCACACCAUCACCAUCCGAUCAAACAAAUGACCAAAGCUCCAGAUCAAAGUCUGUGCAUCUCCAAAACAUCCGAAAAGCCGAUCAACUCACAGCGCAGGAUGAAGCAUCGCCCAGCUGCAUUGUCCGUGAAAGAACUCAGACAGGCCGCGAAGAAGUUCCUGAUAUCGGAUUCGGACUCACCUUCUCGAUCCGACUCGAUUAG